AUGUUCGAGAAGUUCGACAUCGACUAUGUCCUCCUCGAAGCACAUGAAGAAAUUGAGUGUCCUGGCGGUGCGGGCAUCGGGAUCAUGCCUAAUGGCUGUUUCCUUCUGGACCAAUUAGGUCUGUACGAAGCUAUUCGACUUGCAGCCGGAGAUGGUGAGGUCGAAACCUCCUACAUUCGAGACGCGAAGGGCAAACCAGUUAUUACUUUGCAACACAUGAUGUAUCACCAAGAGAAACGUCAUGGAUACCCCAUGCUGUUUUUCGACCGAAAAUCGUUCCUCAAAACCCUCCAUGAUCAACUCAAGCACAAGUCUCGCAUCCGUCUCUCAAAGCGGGUCCAGAGAGUUGUGCAGACCCCUUCCGGAGUAGAGGUCCACACCACAGACAACGCCACCCCAAUCAAAGGCACUAUCCUUCUCGGAACGGAUGGCGUUCACAGCACUGUGCGGAACCAGAUGCGUCAACUCGCACCUCCUUCAUACUUCCCAGCAGAUGAAGAGGAAAAGGUCCCUUGCUACUACAAGUGCAGUUUCGGAAUCGCUCAGCACGUCGAAGGCUGGACCGCCGGCGAGCAAGGCUUCACCACAGGAGACGGCAAAUCAUUCCUUGUCGUUUCUGGACCGAAUGGGAGGUGCUACUGGUUCUUGUUCGUGAGAUUGCCGGACGUGAAGAGGGGGAAGCAGAUUCCCAGAUAUACUGCAGAAGACGAGGCGGCCUUUGUAAGAGAGAACCGAAAGCUGAAGAUCAAGGAGAACUUGGAGUUUGGACAGGUCUACGCAAAGAGGAUCUCGUCAGCUCUGACGCCGUUGCAUGAGACUGUGUAUCAGAAAUGGUUCUAUGGGCGAAUCUUGUUGGUGGGCGAUUCGGUGCACAAGGUAUGCGAUUGUCCAUAUUCUCCAGAAGCGAUUCCAUCGUUACUAACGAGUAUGUGUACAGCCCAAUCCCAUCGGUGGCAUGGGAGCCAAUGCAGCAAUGGAGACAUCGGCAGAGCUGAUCAACGUCCUUCUCGACCUCAAGAAGAGCCGCGCCAAUGGGCUGAAUGGUCUUUCGAACGACGAAAUCAAGGGCGUCUUUGACAAAGUCCAGGAAACCCGCUUCGCUCGAGCCAACCGCACCAUUGCUGCCUCGCAUGAGCUACAAGCGCUUAAUGCUUACGAGGUUCCGAUGCUGUCCUCUCUCGUAUGGAAAGUCUUGGUCCCCCUGGCUGGAAGUCACAACUUCUUCCGCGAGCUCUCCGCCGGCAUUGUAGGCGCGUCGCGUCUCAAAUAUCUUCCUCUCCCAGCUCGAUCCCGCACUUUACCCUACGAUCACGAGUUGCCUGCGAAGCCUCUCUCGAAAUCGUCGAAGCGCAUCGCCUGGAGCCUCUUCAGCAUGACGAUGCUAUUCUUGAUCUACACGGCGAGCAGCGCCAUGAAUGUCACGUUCGAAGAGUUGCAGAGCUGGGGCACGGUCGCACCUUUGAAGCGCAACUGGCUCGGCGGAGGGACUGUUCCAAACGCUAUCCUGAACGUCCUCACCUCGCUCAUCUCCUUCCCCGUCCUGGACCAGGGUCUCGCUCCGAGGGUCCACCUCAUCUACUUCCUCACACACAUGCUCUCUCCGUUGCUCAUCUACACAGUCGAAGGCUACCGCAUCGGACGGCACGGUACGCUCCUCUCUCUGCCGGUGAUCUUCAUGUUCGGCAUGCAACUGCAGGGCAUCUGCAAGUUCGCACCGCUGUACGCCUUACUUAGCGCCGCUCAUGCAGAGCAGAAUCCAGUCGAUCGGGCGGUACGGACGACAGUAGCGAAAGUGCUCGUCCCGGCUCUGGUGUUGGGGUUCUUGAUCCCCACCGCUCUCAUGUUCGGCCCUACACCUGAUCAAAGUCGCUGGCAAGACUGGGUCGCCUUGUUCCAAUGGACGCCACCCAUCUUCUCCUUCCUGGUAGCCGUGUUCAGCUCCGGCCUGAGCCUCUGGAGCAGAAUCACCAAGGGUCGUCCAGAAGACGCGAACAAACACCCCGAAUGGUACAGCACGGCUGACGUCCCGAUCCUGAAGUCAGCAUAUACAGUCGUCUUCGCAGUACAGGCCACUGUCCAUCUCACGACUUUGGCAUACGCCAUCACUCACCCGGACCUCUCGAUGGCAGCCGUCUUCUUCCAAUUGCCGCAUCCUUUCAAUCUGGACUGGAACCUUUCCAUUGCAGAGAAGGUCUUCGCCAUUUUGAGGUAUGAUGUGCUUCUGACGCAUGUUGCAAUCGCAUUGCAUAAUCUGUACACGGUGUGGGAGCUUCGGGGACAGGGAUAUGUGACGACGAUGGCCGCGGUCCAGGCCGCUGGGUUGGUGAUUCUCGGCCAAGUUUUCGUCGGCUCUGGAGCCACAUGGGCUGGACUUUGGAGUUGGAGGGAGGAUGUUAUAUGUGGUGUGUCUGUAGAUGGUGAGAAGAGUCGGAAGAAUUAG